AAAAAAAAAAAAAAAAACCGGGAGCCGUUAUUAUAUUAUAUUAUUAUUAUUUAAUAUUUAAUAAGACGCGCAGAGAGGAGAGAAGAGGCCUCGCUCGCUCGUGUCUCAUAUCAUUUCUCUCUUUCCUAUCUCUUUCCCUCUCUCUCUCGUUCUCUCUUCGCCGCCUCCACCUUCCAUUUCUUCUUCUCUUCUCUCCUUCCUUACCGCCGGUCUUAAAACCCUAAUCAUGACCUCGCCACCCACCUAAACACCGCCACAAUAGUCUCUAAAUUUUCAGGAUGUUUGUCUGCCUUCUUGCUGUGAAGACAUCAAGUUACAUUGAAUUUAUGUGCACUCGCUAAUAAUCCGUGAAAGUCUGGUUUGGGAUUUUAUUACAGAAAAUGGAUCGUCGGGAUACCUCAGGAUUUGUUAGCGGGGGUGGGAUGUACUCUUUUAGAGACAAUCUAACUCUAGUUUUGUAAAUAUUAUUUUUCUAGCCCGGAAGUCAGGUAGACUGUUCUGUUGCAAUUAAUUUUAGGUUAGUGUAAUAUUGAAUUUAAGUUAUAAAAAUGGAUGAUAGGUUCCAGAACAUGGGGUUUGCUGCUAAUUAUUCUUCAAAUGCAUUUGGGAUUUUGGGUUCUAAGCAAUUUAGGGUAGUUGGAGCCGAGUCUCAUGCAGAUACUAUCUUGUGUCUUAAUUCCCCUGGCUCCAUUCCUUUUAUGUCAAACUCAAAGGGAACUAAACGGAAGUGGAGUUCGAUUGAUCCAUCUGCCUGCCAGCAAGUUGGCUCGUCACUGUCUCUUGGGCUUGGCCGUUCUCCAAGUUCCUCGGACAGCAAGGGAAGUUCAGGAACUGCUUGCACUACAAUGUCUUCAGCUAAGGAAACUGAUGAGGAAUCCUCAAUGGAUCUUGAAUUGGACUUUUCUCUACAUCUUGGCAAUGAAAAGUUGCCCAGCCCAAAGAAACAUGCUAGUUCAAUUUUGAAAGCAGUGGAGGUGCAGCCCAAAGUUGACUUGGAGUUAAGUCUCUCUACUGGUUUCUGUGAAUCUGAAAUCACUAGUGUUCAUCCGAGUUCCAGUUCACUUCAGUCUGGAGUAGAGAUACCACUAUCAGCUUUCAUGGGUAAUAGUGCAGAUGAAGGAUCAACAUCAUGUCAUUGGAAAGAAGGGAUUAUUGUGCCACCAUUGCCAACAUCUUCCAUUGCAGGGGAUGCCAUCUUAUUUAAACAGGUUCCCCAAAAAGUUGAUCCAACUCCCAUUGUUCUGGACCUCUCAUCAAGUGUAUUAAGCACCCCAAAAAGCUCAGUCACCUGUACUUCCGGGUCAACAAUACAGCAGCAAUUAUCUCAACAUCGCAGCACUAGUUCGAAGACAUGUCAGAUUGAGGGAUGUGGAAAGGGAGCCAGAGGUGCUUCUGGCCGCUGUAUAUCUCAUGGUGGAGGUCGUAGGUGUCAGAAACAAGGUUGUCACAAGGGUGCUGAGGGCAGGACUGUGUACUGCAAGGCCCAUGGGGGUGGUCGGCGGUGUGAAUUUCUUGGUUGCACAAAGAGUGCAGAGGGACGUACAGAUUAUUGUAUUGCUCAUGGUGGUGGUCGGAGAUGCAGUUAUGAGGGUGGUUGCACUCGAGCUGCCAGAGGCAAAUCGGGACUGUGUAUUAGGCACGGUGGUGGCAAAAGAUGUCAAAAAGAAAACUGCACAAAGAGUGCAGAAGGCUUAUCGGGCCUUUGCAUCUCACAUGGAGGUGGCCGACGCUGCCAAGCUACAGGAUGCACAAAAGGAGCACAAGGAAGCACCAUGUAUUGUAAGGCUCAUGGUGGAGGAAAAAGGUGCACUGCUGCAGGAUGCACCAAAGGAGCUGAAGGAAGCACUCCUUUUUGCAAGGGCCAUGGUGGGGGCAAAAGAUGUGCUUUUCAAGGUGGCGGGGUUUGUACAAAGAGUGUCCAUGGGGGUACUAAUUUCUGUGUGGCACAUGGAGGAGGUAAAAGGUGUGCCAUGCCUGAGUGCACUAAAAGUGCUAGGGGACGGACUGACUUCUGUGUUCGCCAUGGAGGGGGUAAGCGAUGCAAGUUUGAUGGGUGUGGCAAGAGUGCACAAGGCAGCACUGAUUAUUGCAAGGCUCAUGGUGGAGGAAAGCGAUGCUCUUGGGGUCAUCCAGGAUCAGAAUUCGGCAGCUGUGCUAGUCCUUGCAACUCAUUUGCAAGGGGAAAAACAGGCCUAUGUGCACUCCACAGCGGCCUGGUACAGGACAAGAGAGUUCAUGGAGGUGCAACCAUAGGAUCUUUAGUUCAAGAAACCAAACUCGACAAGGUGAAAGAGGUUGUCCCAGAGGACAUGAACAUAGAUGUUUCAAAGCUGACUUCAGCAGACAGCACAGGUUUUGGCUUGAAUCAGUUUGGUGGUCCAAGUAAUUUCCCAGUCGGGGAAGGUAGAGUGCAUGGCGGAAGUCACUUCAUCAAGGUGAGUUCUGUUCUCGGAGCUAGCAGCAGCAGCAGCAACGUAGGUGUCAAGGACGCUUCCGUCGAGCCAAUGAAAUCAUACAUUAUUCCUCAGAAUUGGAUGUAAUGUAAAUCUCUGCUCCUUCUCUCAUCUUUAUUCUGUUAGGUUUUGCCAUAGUAUGUAUGACAGGGUGGUUUCCUGGCAUGUCCGUGUCAUUUUCUUUUUAGUCAGCCUGGCGUCUUCGUAUAUUAGUUAAAGUUCUUCUAAGUUGUCAAUUCAUUGGUUCGUAGUGGGCAGAACCAUUUAUGCUUUCACAGUCUAGAGUGACAGUGAAUAAAAUCAAAAGGUAGUUGGUUGGGUCUUUGGAUUUCCUUCUUUCUUGUAAAUAUUUAUAAAAAAGAAAUCCACAGUCAAGUUUGUUGUGAAUACAGGUUGUUGCAUCCUCACCUGUAAGGUCGGUCAGUUUGUCAGACAUUCUGGUUAUAUUAAUAAUAAAGCCUAUCUUUCGGUGCUAUAA